GUGAUCCUGAGCAGCAGCAGCCUGAAGUCCACCGUCAGUAACUCGUCCUCGGCCUGGCUGGUCCAGUUCUUCUCCUCCUGGUGUGGACACUGCAUCCAGUACUCCAGCACAUGGAAGGCUCUGGCCCAGGACGUCAAAGGCAACAGACGGGGGACACCUGAGGUCUGUCACGUCUCAGACCUGCUCCAGGAAGUCCAGGACUGUUCCAGGAACCAGAAUCAGACACGAGUCAUGCAAUAAUAAUUUGUUUUCAAGUUAGAGCUUCAGUUAAGUUAGCUCUGUUAGCCCAGUUAGCUAAGAGCAGAGACCUAUGAAGCAAACUGUGAAUCAUCAUUGAAUUUUUCCAGUCAGCUCAUAUUGAUCCUGAUCACAGCUGAAGGCAGCCUCUGUGCUGUGAUGGUGAUCUGUGUCACUUCCUUAUUUUAUAAUAAAGUUUACUUCUGUCAGGGUUGAGCUGCUCAAGUGUCUGUGACAUCAUCACUGAGCUAUAUUUCAUAUUAUUUCAAGUUAAAUUGUGUAAAAUGUAAAAAUUAUAGAAAACACUUUUGAUCUAUGUGUCUUAGCAUGCUAACCAGCUAGCCUGUCCUUUUUCAUAAUACCACUCCAUGCUCCCAGUCCGCGCUGCUAGCUGCAUGGCUAACUGAGCUAGCUAGCACACAACAUCUCCAGUUGGCAGCAGUUAGCAGUUGGUCCCUGUGUGGGGAUGUCAGCUCUUCUUUGUAAACCUUCAGCAUGGCAGAGAGACUGGCAGCAGGUGGUCAGUGUCGGGGUGUUGGACUGCGCUCAGGAGGAAAACUUUGACGUGUGUAAAGAGUUCAGCAUCAAGUUCUACCCGACGUUCAAGUAUUUUCGGGCUCACAGUCCAGAGACAGACAGAGGGACCACCUACAGAGGUGCAGACAGAGAGAUCCAGUCAGUGAGACAGCUGAUGGUGGACAUCCUGCAGAAUCACACCAAACUGGACUGGCCCGAUCACUGUCCUCCACUGGAACCAUACAGCUCUGCGGAGCUGCUCCCUCUGAUAGGUCAAAGGUCAGAUCACUACAACGCCAUCAUCAUCGAGGAACCGGAGUCCUACGUAGGACGGGAGGUGAUCCUGGACCUGCUGCAGUACUCAGGUGUGGAGGUGAAGAGGGCUCUGAGCUCUGACCGCCCCCUGCUGGACGCUCUGAAGAUCACAACCUUCCCCUCCAUUUACCUGCUGCACCCCAACACCACACACACGCACCUGCAUGUUGAGAAGAAGCUGCGUUUCUUCUUCUCCUCCUUGUUGAGGACGUUACCUGGAGUUCAGCGCCGGUGGAAGUCGGGCAGCAGUUCCAGUGGAGGUCAGACGGGGGCGCUGCAGGACAAACAGAGCAUGGGGCCGUGGAGAGACUUCGACAGGUCGAAGGUGUACACAGCUGACCUGGAGUCAGCGCUCCACUACCUGCUGAGGGUCGAGCUGGCUACACAUAAUAUCCUGGAGGGGGAGGAGCUUAAGAUCUUCAAAGACUUUGUCAUGUUAGUCGCAAAGUUGUAUCCAGGUGGAGGUUCUGUGGUGAAGCUGAUGGAGACGCUCUCUGAUUGGCUGCUCAGUCUGCCACUGCAGCGAAUCCCCUACCAGGCAGUCCUGGACCUGGUGGACAACAAGAUGAGGAUUUCAGGUGUGUUCUUGGGGGCAGAGCUUCGCUGGGUUGGUUGUCAGGGCAGCAGGGCGGGUCUUCGAGGUUACCCAUGUUCCCUGUGGACUCUGUUCCACGUUCUUACCGUCCAACAUGACGCCACACCCACCGCACUGGAAAACACAGGUCUGGAGGGCGAGGUGGCACCGGUGCUGCAGGUGAUGCGUCGCUACAUCAGGACGUUCUUCGGCUGCGAGCAGUGCGGACGACACUUUGAACAGGCAGCGGCCGACAGCAUGGAGAGAGUCCAGAACAGAGAGGAGCAGAUCCUGUGGCUGUGGAACCAACACAACCGGGUCAACUACAGACUUGCAGGCUCACUGAGUGAUGACCCCCUCUUCCCUAAAGCUCCGUGGCCGAGCCCCUCCCUCUGUCCCUCCUGCCACGAGGAGAAAAAUGGCGUCCACAUCUGGAAUCAGAACAACGUUCUCCUGUUCCUGCGACAGCACUACGGAGCCUCCAACCUGUCCCCCAAAUACUCCCUGGGUCCCCCUCGACUCCCGGCACCUCCUCCUGAUCCUGUGCAGAGCAGCCGGCCUCAGCAGGAGCACCGAGGAGGUGAGAGGAAGGAGCCAGAGAAGAACGCGGAUCCGAAGCCAGCGUCUAGACCAGGACACCAGGCUCUGAUGGGGGACGAGAGGGGUGAGGUUGUGGGUGUUGGAGGGGAAGGUAGAGGAGGAGCAGCAGGAGCAGCAGGAGGAGGUGUCUGGAUUCUGGGUCUGGGUUUCAACAGUGUGGACAUGAGUCUGUGUGUGGUCCUGUACGUCUGCUCCUGCCUCUUCCUCAUGCUCCUCUUCUUCUUCUUCAAAGUCCGGUCCAGGAGGUGGAAACUCCGCUACUCCCGCCUCCACGUCUGAGGCCACUUUAUACAGAACUGGACAAGUUUCUACAGGAUCAGAACAGUGUACCUGGACCAGACCGGUUCAGACAACAACAGACCCCUUGUAUAGAUCCAGACUGGUUUGGCUCAGCUCUGGAUCAGUACUUUGUUCGUAGGUUAACAGGUGGUACCUCUGAACUCAUCCCUCACACCUGGACCUGAUGGUAUCAGGACCUGGUCCAGCAGAUCUGUUACCUGACUGUGAGGUGUUUUUAUCAAUGUCUGCAGGAUUUGGACCUCAGAUGUGGAUCCUGGUCUGGAUCAAACCUGGAACAGAUCUCAGGUCUCAUUUAUUUAUUUUUACUUUUAAAAAUUGAAUCCUGUGAGCAGGUGUGUCUUCAGACCUGUGGGUCAGACCGGGUCUGGACCAGGUGCAGCAGACUGGGACUGGACUGCAGCAGACUGCUUCUGCUGGGUUCACUUUGUGCCAAACGCUGCUGACAGAUGCUACACCUGUCCUGUCAGGCCCCGCCCCCUCUACCUGCACAAACACUGUGUGUGUGUGCGCACGCGCGUGUGUGUGUUUGUGCACCUUUUAACUGUGAAACAUGAGCCGUCCUGAUGUCUGGAUCUCUGUAGACACACUGAUUGAUUGAUUUAGCAUUUCUUCACAGAUCAAUAUUGCAAAAGUCGAGAAAACAUAUUUAAGUGUAUUUUUAAAAAAAAACAAAAAUCAUCAACAUGGAGUCACUCGGUGAUGAUAUCAGCUGAUGGUGUGAUGUCAUAGUGAUGUCAUAGUGAUGUUUCUUAUUCAAACAGGAAGUGAAAGUGAAGCAAAAUGUUAUUUACCAGUGACAUCAUCAGAAGAAACCAAUCACAGGCUGUCAUUGAGUCCAAUGUUUAAUAUAUUUAACAUUUUAGAUUUAAAUCUGUUAAGUUUACAUCACUUUUGUUUCUAUUUGAUGAAAUCUAAUUAAUAAAUUAAAACAUGUAAAUGUUGUGAUGUUACUGCUGUGUUGAGUUUAAUCAGAUGGAUGAAAUGUUUUUUGUAAACUGAUCAUUUAAAAGCAGAUUGUGAAUAAUAAAUGUAUUACUGCAUUUUAUUAUUUAUAUCUGGUUCAUUGUUUAAACAACCAAUCUGUAUUCUUUAUUCACAUUCAUUUACAUCGAAGAUGUGUGAAAUAUAAAUUUCAGCCAAUUUUAGUUUAAAUUUCUAAUUUUCUUGUUUGAUUUCAUCCCAAUUCUCUUUUCAUUGUUUAGUUUUUACUAUUAUAAUAGAAGUUUUUGAUUAGGAUUUACACACCAGGUGUGAGCUGCUGGUCUCGCUGGUCUCAGUCACACCAGGUAUCAUCAGCUUCAUGUGAUCUGCAGUGACGUGUCUCAGUCUCUUUAUCUUGAACCUUUUUGUAUUUCUCUGGAGGAAAUGUUUGAGUCUCACAGUGAGGGAGUGAGCUGCAGGUGGGUUGAUGGAUGUUUGACCUGAUGGUCCCUGAACACACCGUCCUCCUGUCUCACAGACGCCAAACAAAUGAUAAAAGACAAUGUUUUAACUGUCAAUUCUUCUGUUUACAGCUUCUAUUAGUUUGUUUUUUUAUGAUGAAUUAUUUUAAUGACAUGUAAAUAAAUCAUGUUGCUGCAACUCUCA